CUUGCAUUCCCCAAGGCCUUCUGGCUUAUUCUAAGGACCCCAAAUUCCUAAAGAGGCCUCCUUCGCCUAUCUUGAUUCGAAUAAAGGCUACAGAUACUUUAUUACAGGUCUCGCGAGAAGCCCUACCCUUUGUGAUACGUGUAUUGUAACCCCGCAAUUCCCUUUAUGAGUGCGAAACAGCCCACCGAUUGCGAUAAUACAGCUUUUACCAAGAACCACACCCACAUCCCAUCUUGGCUGUCCAUUUUGGAAGCUUCUUUUCUUAGCGAAUCGGUUUCUGGGAGUUCAUGCAGUGAUUGCUUUUCGGCUGGUCCUCUCGCUUGUUCUCGGUCUACUCUUCUGACACCUUUCACAAUCGACCAGUCAAUAUAAUAUCAGCGCCCCGUCCUCUUUGAUUCGCGCCGAAGAGAGCUUCUGACGAACCGUCCUACUGAUUUCCUUACAUCUGUCAUCCGGAUCGCGGUACAGUUUCACGCUCGAUGGCAUCGCAAACGCAGACGGGUCAACGACCCAAGGUCCAGCCUUGCCGGUACAAGACUGGGAAAACACUCGGAGCUGGCUCCUACUCAGUGGUGAAGGAAUGCGUACACAUCGAUACUGGUCGCUACUAUGCAGCGAAAGUGAUCAAUAAGCGGUUAAUGGCUGGGCGUGAGCACAUGGUUAGGAAUGAGAUUGCCGUGCUGAAGAGAGUCUCCAUGGGUCAUCAGAACAUUCUUACUCUGGUUGAUUACUUCGAGACCAUGAACAAUCUAUACCUCGUCACAGAGCUUGCUCUGGGUGGAGAGCUGUUUGACCGCAUCUGUCGUAAAGGCAGCUACUACGAGUCCGAUGCGGCUGACCUAAUCCGUGCGGUCCUCUCCGCGGUGGCUUAUUUGCAUGAUCAUGGCAUUGUGCAUCGUGAUUUGAAACCUGAGAACCUGCUGUUCCGGACACCGGAGGACAAUGCGGAUCUGUUGAUUGCGGACUUUGGCCUGUCCAGGAUCAUGGACGAGGAGCAGUUCCAUGUCCUCACCACGACAUGCGGCACGCCAGGUUAUAUGGCUCCUGAGAUCUUCAAGAAGAGUGGACAUGGCAAACCAGUGGACAUCUGGGCCAUUGGUGUCAUCACUUACUUCCUCCUCUGCGGCUACACUCCCUUCGAUCGUGACUCCAACCUGGAAGAGAUGCAGGCCAUCCUUGCAGCUGACUAUUCUUUCACACCUCUCGAGUACUGGCGUGGUGUUUCCCAAUCAGCCCGAGACUUUAUCAAGGGUUGCCUGACAGUCGAUCCCAAGGCCCGAAUGACUGCCCAUGAAGCCCUUCAGCAUCCCUGGAUCAACCCGCCCUACGAUCUCAAUGAUGACGGUGGCUCGGGCGAGGACUUGUUGCCGACAGUCAAGAAGAACUUCAAUGCUCGUCGAACGCUGCACAAAGCCAUCGAUACUGUCCGCGCCAUCAACAAGCUCCGCGAGGGAGGAGGACUCAUGAUGGAUGGUAUCAUGAGCCUUGAUCCCAAGCCGGAGCAUGUCAAUGGCAACGAGGUCACCGAGGAGCAACAUGAUGGACGGAUGGAGAUUGACAGCCGCGGCGACGCGCGUGGGCAAACUGAGGAGCAGAUUCGGGCGCAGGAGCGAAGGGUCAAGGAAACUGUGGCUGGAUUGUGGAGUAGGUCCGCGAAGAAAUGAAAACAGCUUCUUGACAUGUUCAGCUGGUACUAGAAUCUGUGGGCGGCCACUGUGCUGAUUGCGGAUUUUACGGGCUCUACGUGGGAAAAUACCAUCGACGUUUUGAACUUUGCAUUUUGUUGAUACGCAUGUCUCGUCGGAUACCAAACAUUAUACCUCUCUAGGUUGCCUCGCUUUUACUCCAUGACCGUGUGCAGAGCAUGGAAACUGUUCCCAAAUGAUCAAC